GCACACUGCCGUUGUAUUAAAGGCUGGUGUCAGAAUUACACAGUAUCUAGGUACAGUAGUCUUCUGAAGUGGACUGACAAGAUUGCUGCAGCUUUUUUGCAGGCAAGAAAAAGGGCCGGGAGCAACCAGGGGACGGGGUUGCAAAACAGCAUUCUGCUCCCAACGCCAGCCCAUGCCAGAAGGAUCGCGGGGUCGAAAAGGGCGCCCUCGUCGCAAUGGCAACGGGCGAAAGGCUGCAAAGCGAGCCAGCUGGCAGAGGAAGGAGGGAGGGAGGAGGCUGCCUUCGCCCAGGGCCACCUCCAAGAAGUGAUCGAGGCGGCGGGACACACGGCCCUCUCUCCAGCCAUGGCUGCCGGAUUCCUUCGGCUCCCGGUACCGGCGCUGCCUCACUCUCGCCUCGCUUGGCUCUGGGCCUCGGCGGCGGCCGCCGCUGUUGUGGCCCUGGGGGCCACCGCGGCCUGGCAAUGGCGUCGUGGGCGCCGAAGCCGGCGGCAGCUGGUGCGAGUGGGGACCGUGUCGGACGUCGUCCUUUACCCGGUGAAGUCUUGCCGGGGGUUCCACGUGGAGAGCGCCCAGGUGACCAAGCUGGGCCUCCGGAGCGGAGACUUGCGGGACAGGUUUUGGCUUGUUAUUAAGGAAGAUGGACACAUGGUCACUGCUCGGCAGGAACCUCGUCUGGUUCUGAUUACUGUAAAUUCAAAAAAUGGCCACUUAAUCUUGAACGCUCCAGAGAUGAAGGAACUGACCAUCCCUGUAAAACUCCCUAAGAAAAAUCCACUGAAGAAUUGCAGGGUGUUUAGCCUUGAUAUUGAAGGGCGGGACUGUGGUGAUGAGGCAGCUCAUUGGUUCACUAAUUUCUUGAAUUCACAACCAUAUCGACUGGUGCAUUUUGAGACCAACAUGGCACCAAGAAAAUGUGAAAAUAUUAAGACGCCUUUUCGACCUACUGAUGAGGUUCCGUAUAGUGACUGUGGCCCACUCUUAAUAAUCUCGGAGGCUUCUAUGGAAGACCUAAAUACUAGACUGGAGAAGAAAGUGGAUUUGCGAAAUUUCAGACCAAGUAUUACUGUUUCAGGCUGUGGUCCUUAUGAAGAGGAUACCUGGGACAAGAUUAUAAUUGGUGAUGUGGAAAUGAAAUUGGUUAUGCAAUGCGGCAGGUGUAUUUUGACAACUGUAGACCCAGAUACAGGUAUCAUAGACAGAAAGGAGCCCCUGGAAACACUGAAAAGAUACCGUAUGUGUGAUCCUGCUCUGAAUCAUAUUCACAAAUCAGCUCCCUUGUUUGGGAGCUUUUUUGGUGUCGAUAAGAUCGGAACCGUCAAAGUUGGAGACCCAGUAUAUAAGAUAAUUGAAUAUUAGGAAGGUGAAGGGCUCAAUGUUGGGACAAUCACAUAUUUUAAAACAAUGUUUAUCAUGUACUAUAGCUAUAAUACUAAAUUAUCAGAGGGCACCAUCAAGAUAGAACUUGGUAUUUUAAAGGCCCACUAAUUUCAGAGGUGCAGAUUAAUGCAUCUCUUUUCUUUCUAUACAUCUCUUACCUUUUUGAUGUCAGAGAGUAGGCAGAAAUAAGAUGGAUUACUGGGAGAAUCACUCAGCAUGUCUCAAGAGGUCUUUGAUCCACCAAAUAGAAAACCUUGCUAGACUUCAUUAAUGUCUUCCAGCAAGGAGGAAAAAAAGAUACACCAUUCCUGGUGCUUGCAUUAAAAAAAUAUUUGGCUUUGCUUGCAUUGGGACAGAAACCAUGUUUUCAGAAUUUUAAAAGUUUUCGAACUGCAGAGCUGGUAGAGACCCUGUGGAUCAUCAAGUCCAGUUGCCUAUCAAG